CCGUAGGUGAGGGGGUGGGGUCCGCGUGUGCCGGGCAGGGCACGUUGGGGCCACGUGACGAGGCGGUCCAACAUGGCGACUGUAGCGGAGCGCUGAGUGGACUGACGAGGUUCCCCCUCACCUGUCACUGCUGACGCUGUCUCCCCCUCUCCUCCUCGUCUCUCGUGCCCGGACUCCUCUCUUCUGCUCGUCCACCUCGUCUCCCUACGCCUCUUGCGCGGUGCAGGCGCCGACUAUGGCGCGAUGGUGCCCGGUGGCGAAGGAGAAACACGGAGUCGCCAUAUUCAACUUGUCGGCGAACACCGAGCACCAGCUGCCUCUGCAGAUCGGCGAUGUGGUGCACAUCCUGGAGAGCUGUGACGGAUGGUUUCGAGGCUAUACAAUCAAGAACAAGGCUCGGAAGGGUAUCUUCCCAUCUGCCUACAUUCAUAUCAAGAAUGCACUGUUUGACAAAAAGGGGAGCACGGAGGUGGUGGCGCCAGGACCCACUGAGUCGCCGCUUGUGCAGGAGGUGACCACCACGCUGCGGGAGUGGGCCGUCACGUGGCGCCAUCUCUAUGUGAACUAUGACAGCAAGAGGUUCAGGCAGCUGGGUGACAUGAUGUACGAGCUGAUAAACUGGCGCUCGCAGAUCCUGUCCGGCACGCUGCCCCUUGACGAGCUCAAGGAGCUCAAGCAGAAGGUGACGGCCAGGAUCGACUACGGAAACAGCAUUCUGGGCCUGGACCUGGUGGUACGAGAUGACGAUGGAAAUAUCCUGGACCCUGACCAAACGAGCACGGUCAGCCUGUUCCGUGCGCACGAGAGCACCACGAAGCAGAUCACCGACCGCCGCAAGGAGGAGCAGAAAACGAAUCAGGACGCGUUCCGGGCAAACCUGGCGGGCAUGCACUCGCACAGCCUCUUUGUGACCGUCAAGAACUUUGUGUGCAAGAUCGGUGAAGAGUCGGAGGUGUUCAUGUCCCUCUACGACCCCGCGGAGGGGAUGUUCAUCAGUGAGAAUUACCUGGUGCAGUGGGGCAGCCAAGGGAUGCCCAAAGACAUCAACAAGCUCAACAACCUGCGCGUCGUCUUCACCGACCUUGGAAGCAGAGACUUGAAGCGGGACAGGAUCUGCCUGGUGUGCCAGAUCAUCCGGAUUGGCUACAUGGACCUCAAGGAGACCCACCCCAAGAAGAGCACCUCGGGGCUGCGCCGCCCCUUCGGGGUGGCCGUGAUGGAAAUCACCGACAUCAUCAACGGCAAGGGGGACAGUGACGAGCAGAAGGAGCACUUCAUCCCCUUCCAGCAGUUGUCAGGAGAAAACGACUUCCUCCAGAACGUCAUCAGCAAGGUCGUGUCGUCUAAGGAGGUCAACCACAAGGGCCAGGGCCUUUACGUCUCUCUGAAGAUGCUUCAUGGCGACAUCAAGCAGAUCCGCCAGGAGUUCCCCCAUCUGGUCGAUCGCUCCACAGCCAUCGCCCGCAAGCUGGGCUUCCCAGAAAUCAUCAUGCCUGGGGACGUCAGGAACGACAUCUACGUGACCCUGUUAAACGGGGAGUUCGACAAGGGCAACAAGACGACGCCCAAAAACACCGAGGUCACCAUGUGCGUCUGCGACGAGGAAGGAAAAGUCUUGGAGAAUGUUAUCUGCUUGGGCGCUGGAACCAACCCCGUAACAGAGUACAAGUCGGUGGUUUACUACCAGGUCAAGGCACCCCAGUGGUUUGAGACGGUCAAGGUGGCAGUGCCCAUUGAAGACAUGUAUCGCAGUCACCUGAGGUUCACGUUUCGCCACCGCUCCUCCGUCGAGUCCAAAGACCGCAGUGAGAAGGUGUUUGGCAUGGCGUUCGUGAAGCUCAUGAGAUACGAUGGCACCACCCUCUUGGACAACACUCACACGCUCAUCGUCUACAAGGGCGACACUAAGAAGCUGGAGGACGCGUCGGCGUAUCUGGGCCUCACGUCAAUGGAUGACCGCUCCACCCUGCAGUCACCGUCCAAGCCGCUGCCUGCCAGCAGCCUCGCGGUCAGCAAGGAGCGCCUCUACAUCUCCACGCUCGUUUGCUCCACCAAGCUCACACAGAACGUGGAACUGCUUGGGCUAUUGAAGUGGCGCUCCAACCCCAACAUCCUGGAGGCCAAUUUGAGGCAGCUCAUGAAGGUCAACGGCGAGGAGGUGGUCAAGUUCCUGCAGGACACACUGGACGCACUCUUCAACAUCAUGAUGGAGAACUCGGAGAGUGAGGUUUACGACCGCCUCGUGUUCGAUGCCCUGAUCUUCAUAAUAGGACUCAUCGCAGAUCGCAAGUUCCAGCAUUUUCACCCCGUGCUGGAGGCCUACAUCUCGCAGCACUUCAGCGCCACGCUGGCCUACGCGAAACUCACGAAGGUGCUCAAGUACUAUGUGGACAACGUGCAGGCCAAGGACAUCGCUGACCCUCUGCUGCGUGCCAUGAAGUCCCUGGAGUACGUCUUCAAAUUCAUCGUGCGGUCGAGGAUCCUCUUCGUGCAGCUCUACGAAGACAAAGACAGGGAGGAGUUUGAGGACUCCCUGCGCGAGCUCUUCAAAUCUAUCAACAACAUGAUGCGCAAUACCCAGGACUCCACGCUGCUCGUGCAGGGAGCAGCCAUGAAGUAUCUGCCUCUGAUCGUGCGCGACGUCCGCGGUGUGUUUCAUCUGACGGAGCUCAGCCACCUGUUCCAGGAGUUCAUCAGGAACAUCCCGCAAGAGCGGCUGACCAAGCAGAAGCUGUGCUGCAUGACUGAAAUGGUGUACAGGGACCUGUUUUUGCACAAAGAGUGCCGUGACGUGCUGCUGCCCAUGAUGACGGAGCAGCUCAAGUCCUACCUGGAAAAGAUGGAGGAGCUGGAGCCUUGCGUGCAACUGCUCAGCAACGUCCUGGAAGUUCUGCACCUCAAAAACGUGGGCCCUACAGAGAUGCACAUCCAGCUCAUCAUGGAGUCGCUGCUGAGGACCGUGAAUAGAACCGUCAUUGCCAUGGACCACAACUCCCUUCUCAUGAACCAUUUUGUGGCGUGCAUGACGGCCAUCCUGCGACAGAUGGACGAGAGCCACUACCAGUACUACAUCCAGACGUUCAAGACACGCUCCGACCUCGUUGACUUUCUGAUGGAAACAUUCAUCAUGUUCAAGAACCUCAUCGGCAAGAAUGUGUACCCGGCCGACUGGGUCAUCAUGAACAUGAUGCAGAACAGGGUGUUCCUCCGAGCCAUUAACCAGUUUGCGGACACGCUGAACAGAAUGUUUUUGGACAGUGUCAGCUUCGAGUUGCAGCUGUGGAACAACUACUUCCACUUGUCGGUCGCCUUCCUCACGCAGGAGUCGCUGCAGCUGGAGAACUUCUCGCACGCCAAACGCGCCAAGAUUGUCAGCAAACAUGGAGACAUGCGGCGAGCCAUCGGAUUCGAGAUCCGGGACAUGUGGUACAACCUCGGUCCCCACAAGAUCCGCUUCAUCCCCGAGAUGGUGGGACCCAUCCUGGAGAUGACUCUCAUCCCUGAGACUGAGCUACGCAAGGCGACCAUCCCCAUCUUCUUCGACAUGAUGCAGUGCGAGUACCACUUCAACGGCUCCUUCAAGAAGUUUGAGAAUGAGAUCAUCACGAAGCUGGACCACGAGGUGGAAGGAGGCAAGGGUGACGAGCAGUACAAGGUCCUGUUUGAGAAGAUCCUCCUCGACAGCUGUCGCCGGCACAAGUACCUGGCGAAGCCGGGCGAGAGCUUCGUCAUCGUGGUGAAGCGACUGCUGGAGCGGCUGCUGGACUACCGCAUGAUCAUGCACGACGAGAACAUGGACAACCGCAUGAGCUGCACCGUCAACCUGCUGAAUUUCUACAAGGAAAUCGAGCGGGAAGAGAUCUACAUACGGUACCUGUACAAGCUGCACGACCUACACCUGCAGUGCGACAACUACACGGAGGCCGGGUACACGCUGCUGCUCUACACCCACCUGUUGAAGUGGUCGGACGAUCCGUGCGCGUCGCACUUGAACCUGCGAGGAGCCCAGAAGGGCAACACCCAGCGCGAGCUCAAGGAGAUGCUCUACGGCGACAUCAUCGGCUACUUCGACAAGGGCAAGAUGUGGGAGGAGGCGAUCGGGCUUUGCAAGGAGCUGGCGCAGCAGUACGAGACGGAGAUAUUCGACUACGAGCAGCUCAGCAACAUCCUGAGACGACAGGCGAAGUUUUACGAAAACAUCAUCACGGUGAUGCGGCCCAAGCCAGACUACUUUGCCGUGGGCUAUUUUGGGCAAGGCUUCCCGUCAUUCCUGCGGAACAAGAUGUUCAUCUACCGCGGCAAGGAGUACGAGCGGCGAGAGGACUUCGAGGCGCGCCUCCUCGCCCAGUUCCCCAACGCCGAGAAGAUGAAGACGACGAGUCCGCCCGGCGAGAACGUGCGCAGCGCUCCGUCGCAGAACAUCCAGUGCUUCACCGUUCAGCCCCUGCAGAGGGACCAGCCCAAGUUUAAAAACAAGAGCGUCAACGAUCAGAUCCUCAAUUUCUACAAAGUGAAUGAGGUUCAGUGCUUCACGUACUCCCGGCCUGUGCGCAAGGGAGACAAGGACCCAGACAACGAGUUUGCCAACAUGUGGAUCGAGCGGACCACCUACAGUACAGAGUACAGGCUGCCCGGAAUCCUGCGCUGGUUUGAAGUCAUUGAGACUUCAAAGGUUGAGAUCAGCCCGCUGGAGAACGCCAUCGAGACGAUGAACAAGACCAACGAGAAGAUCCUGAACCUGGUGAACCAGCACCAGAACGACGGCAGCCUCCCCAUCAACCCCCUCUCCAUGCUGCUCAACGGCAUCGUGGACCCCGCCGUGAUGGGCGGCUUCUCCAACUACGAGAAGGCUUUUUUCACGGAAAAAUACGAGCGGGAGCACCCAGAGGAUGAGGAAAAGAUCAACAAACUCAAGGACCUGAUCGCCUGGCAGAUCCCCAUGCUGGGCGCUGGGAUCAAGAUCCACGGGGACAAGGUGUCGGAGGCGCUGCGCCCGUUCCACGAGCGAAUGGAGGGCUGCUUCCGCCAGCUGCGCGAGAAGGUGGAGCGGCAGUACGGGCAACGCGCGCUGCCGGCGCUGGAGGACUACAGAGGCAGCCGCGCACGCUCCAUGGUGCGCUCGUUCACGCUGCCGUCCAGCGCGUGCCGCCCGCUCUCCGUGGCGUCCGUGGCCUCCGUGGCCUCCGUCUCGUCGCACAACUCGGACGGCGCCGUGCCCCACAUCACCGUCUUCGGCAGCGGCGACGGCAUCACCGACCCGCCGGUGCCCAGGAAGCCUGCGACGGGGACGCUGUCGCGGUCGCGCGACAAGCUCAACGAGGAGGACGAGCGGCGCGAGCGCCACAAACGCGGCAGCCGUCACAUAGACGGCUCGGAGCGCGAGGCCCGCGCCACCGAGUCCGGCGCCCCCGCCGACGUCGUGACGCUCACCGAGACGAUCACACCGCAGAGGCCCCAGCGGCCACGAAGCGCGGUGAACCCCUUGGGAGACCGCCGUCUGUCGCUGACUCCUCAGUCACAGGCCGGACCCGGCACGUCUCGCCCACAGUCCAUGGAGUGUCAGCUGCUCUCCCCGACCAGCACAGGUUCCGAGUUCACGAUAUUCACAUCAGGAUGCGUGGUGGAUGGUGGUGGGGUCGAACCUCCGCCCUUGCCCAUCAAGAGCUCGAACCAAGACGGGAGCGACGACUCUACCUUGCCACCACCCCCGCUGCCGGUCAAAGUGGAGCACAGCAAGGGGACUCCACCUCCACCCCCUCCAAAGGGCUCCAGGGGACACAUGCCACAGCUCUAGGGACGUCUGCUGCAACAGCUCACGCGAUCGGGGGCUGCCAUUUGCGGACCGUCCUGCGCCCUUAACACUUUUCAAUCACCUGUCUCAAACGAGCGUUGGGCAGUGCUCAUCUCAGUCGGUGGCACUGAGCGUGGCACUCAAACUUCCACAUUCCUUUUGGGGUGGGGGGAAAGGUGGCGUGGCCUGAUCACGUCACAGGAAGAUCUUUUUUUGCCCUUGAAUUAUGCACGUGGCGCUGUCGUAAAUUAAUGGGUGGUGGCAGCAGUCAUUUUUUGUGGUCGCUCAACAGGAGUACUCGCUGCUUGCGACAUUGAAGAGUCCCCCAAAGAGAACAAAACUUUGGUUGGAUUAGAAGGCCCUCUCAGCCUCGUGUCGCCAGCGAGCUCACCAAUGAGACCGGUAUGCAAUGGGUCUCCGGUUCAAUUCAAGUAAUAUUCUGGGACACUGCCAACACGUGUGCUCUUUGCUGUAAAGCGAACGUAAUGUAUUAAAGACCACGUGGCGAUACUUGCAUGAGUAUAGACCACCUGUUGCUGAUUUUUGUGCCUGAAUUUGAGAAAAAAUAUAUGUAUUUUUAAAAAUCACACGUUCCUUGAUAUGUAGUAAUAAUAAUUAUUAAAAGCGUCUUCUAUUUGUGGGAUAGGCGUUACUAAAAUAUUCUAUGUGGCUCAAGAUCAAGAAGUUAUUAUCGCUUAUUCCACCUUUUCACGGCUUCCUUCUGCCAGAUCUCUCAACUGUUAUAUAGUCAACACCUCUCGAGUCCACUGUGAGUCUUCCCUUGGGGUUCUGACUUCUAGGCGUCCCUCCCAGAAUGCCCGUCUUUGUAAGCCACCCCGUGCUCCCACUCCCACUUAAUCACAACCCUGUCUUGAUGUCAAAAAUGAUAUCCUGUCAUGUUCUUGUCUGAAUGUUUACGGUGCUUACUCUGUCCUGCCACUUCAGAUACACAUGCACUAAAAGGGUGAUUUUCUCUUGAUUUGUUGCAGUCCAGCAGCAGCAUAGACAUUACUCUUACUGCAAAUGCACGUCUGAACACUAACGCCGCUCAAUUUCACUUGGUAGACUUAACAUUUUCAUUGACUCAUUCUCACGUGCAUAGGAUUUGAAAGUAUCUUCAAACAUUGGACCAUCAUAAUAACACCGAUGUUUACACAACACAAUUUCCUCUGUCAUUCAUCCGAACACAUCUGCACCAUCCCAGAGUGCUUCAUACCAUCCCACCCACCUCUUAAUGACCCCUAUCCCUCGCAGGGAUAGAGUUAGUGCAUCACUAACUCCCAACCAAAUGAAUUCCUCUUUGAUGACUCAACCAGGGGAUGACUUAUUGUGCUCUCUGUCUGCCACAAAAACCUCUAAUUCUCUUUUUCCAAAUCAUUAAUACGACUCUUGAUUUUUGCGAAGGGGGAUGCUUGCGCAGUGUCACAUUGGGCAGCACUUGCCCAGAGUAAUACCAGCACGCGGUUGCGGCCCUUCCACUCUCACGCGGAUCGCUCGGCUCCGAUCUGGGCUCCCAACUGCAAGGAAUUAUCUUCGGGCAGUCCCGCUAAUAUUUUUCCGGAGGUGUGAUGCGCGCAUGAUAAGUGGGCCUCUGAAAGCACCCCGCGUGAUGCCUGCAUCCUCCAGGCCCACCGAGGUGUGUGGCUUUUGAACAGCGCCUCCCCAAUGGUGGACAGCUUUGAGACUGCAUUGCAAAAAGUCCAAGUUAGAUGUGACAUAGUGUACAAAACAACCGGGCUUGAUGGAUAUCUUUUGAUUUUCCUAUAAGGAACUUACAAGGUGGAUGGAUGGCAAGGUAUAGCGCGCAUGCAUGGUUGUGUAUGUGUGUCCGCACGAGGCAUUUAAACCAACAGGAGUGAGCAAUGAACAUAUAAAACUAAAUAUCCUAAAUCCAUUAGUGGAUUUGCAUACUUCUAUGAACACAAUUCAAACAAACUACUGAUCUUUAAAAACACUGAACGUGUAGCUUCGGAAGGCUAGGUUUCAGACCAACACAAAUUGUGUUCUUAUUCUCAAAUGAUCGCUAGGCAAUGUUUAUCUCUGCAGGCCACCCUGGGUCAAGUGGUAGAACUUCCACAUUCCUCAGCCAGGGGUCAGGAUACCCGUUGCAUGUUCUUAGGAAGACUCCACCAUGCCACGCCGUGAUCACACGCGGGCGACGCUACGGAAGCACCGCUUAGCACCACGAUGUUGUAGAUCCUUGCCUCCUCACCUUACAUCUCCCAUGGUCAAUAACAUCGGUACCAUGUGGAAAAUAAAUUAUAUUCGUCCAAUCCAGAGAACGUUUCGCUGCUUAGGAAUGAGGAUUUUCUACCACUCCAGAGACAAUAAUGGGAAUGUGUUCCACGCAUUGUGUGUAUGGUGAACUUCUUUCGCAUUAUCCGUAGCCCACCGUGCUAAUCGGAGGUUCAUUUGAGCAGAGACACUCUUGCACUUCGUACUUUGACGUCAGCCUUUAGUGAUAGGAACAUCUGCACAUCCUCGUGUUUUUGAACAUCUUUCCAACAACCCCGCAUUGCCCAAUCAGUGUUCUCAUCCACAGAGGUUUUUGUUUGGUUAGAUCACGUAAAUAUGUGUCGUUAAACCCGCCACCACCCGACUUAGCCAAUCAGUAAGGGCUUGUCACGUAAACACAGCACACCGAUGUGUUGGAGAGCCAAGCCACGACAUUUACAA